AUGGAGAGGGAGUCGAGGAAGAACUACCAGACGCGAGGCUCCGCGCGCGGCGGCGGCGGCGGGGGCGCUGGCGGUGGCACGGCGGCGGAGCGCGACCUGCUGCUGCAGUGGGGAAACCGGAAGCGCCUGCGCUGCGUCAAGGUGCAGCGCCGCGACGUCGAGGCCGCGGCCACGGCGGCCGCCGAGAAGGCCGCGGUAGGACAGCGCCGCGCCGCCGCCGCCGCCGCUGCCGCUGCCGCAGCCACGGCGGCCGCGCAGCACCACCCGCCCGGCCACGCCCACCACCGCGCCCUCAGGAAUCCUGAGGAGUCUGGAGCAAUGAGGCCGCCAUCACAGCAGCAGCAGAACAACACGAUCCGCACGGUUACAUCCCCAGUCAGGGAGCGCUCUGCAAAGGGAAACAACGACAACAACACGGUGCCUCCGACCUCUCUCGAUGACAAGAAGGGCUCGUCGUCUGGGAGUGAAGGGACAAUCUGGCCCAAUUUUGCGGUCUCCCUAACGAACAAAGAGAAGGAAGAAGACUUCUUGGUGUUCAAGGGGUCCAAGCUGCCUCAGAGGCCCAAGAAGAGAGUGAAAGCCAUCCAGAGGACUGUCAAUUUUGUAUGCCCUGGAACGUGGCUAUGCGACCUGACUCUGGAAAGAUACGAGGUACGAGAGAAGAAGGUCUCCAAGAAGCGCCCCAGGGGACUGAAAGCGAUGCACGACAUGGACAGCGAGUCGGAAGAGUGA